UCAACCCCCUUUACAAGCAUGGCAAGCACGAAAAGGAAAUUGGCAGAUUUGAGUGUGGAUGAAUUCAUGUCUGGUGACUUUGACAGCGAUGACUCGUCGUCGUCAGAGCGCGCACCUGUUCCUGAGGUUAAAGGAAAGAAAAACAAGAAGAAGAAGAAAGGGAAAACCUCAACAGAAAAUACUGCCAGUGUUAAGAAACAGGAGAAACUCCCAAAGAAGAGCAUGAAAGUUUCAGUUCCAAAAGGUGACACACCAAAAUCAGGAAAAUCCAAACAAAGUCUGGCGGAGAAGCUCAAGGAAGCAGAUCCAGAGUUUUAUAAGUUCCUUGAAAGUGAGGACAAAAAAUUGCUGGAGUUCGAUGAGGAUGUUGAUGAUGAGGAGGAUGACGAAGAUUCAGAGGAUAUGGGUGAUGAUAGUGAAGAGGAUGAGGAUGGGAAAGACCUGGAGGAUGCACUUCUCGCGCAGUCGAGCGGCGAAAGUUCUGACGAUGACAGUGAAGGAGGAGGAAAGUUUCACAAACUUCCAGACAAACUUGAGGAUGACAAUAAACGACCGAGGUCAGCAGUGAUAAACAGAUCAAGGUCAACCAAUCUUGAAGAUGGUCAAGAUAUGGUCAAGUCUAUUGAGUCAAGCCCAAACAUUACAGUUUUGCGAGAAGCUAUCUCUGCCUUCAAAGCUGCAGUAAGGAAAGCGAGUGAGAAGCAAGGGGAGACAACCAAGUACAAGGUCGUAGGAAGCACUGUGUUCAACGACGUCGUUCGUCUGUGUCUGAUGGGGGUCGUCCCAGCACUGCAGGGCAUCCUCAAGGUGCCAGACUUACCACAGCAGCAGACGCCAUUCUCGGCCCAGAACGCUAAGUGGAAGAAGCUCCGUGUAGACAUGAAGAGCUACAUGGCAGAUCUGCUCACUCUGUUGUCUGCCCUCUCGGAUGCCGCCAUGUUGAAUGUGAUCUUGAAACACAUCCACAAGCUUGUCUCCAUGUAUGCCAUGUUCCCCAAGUUGGCCAGGUUGUUGAUGAAGAAAAUGAUCCUGUUGUGGAGUACAGGGGAGGAGACGACGAGGGUGUUGGCGUUCUUGUGCAUCAACAAGCUGGUGCGGAUGUUGCAGGAGGCCAUGUUGGAGCCGUGCAUGAAGCAAAUGUACAUGGCGUAUGUGAAGAAUGUGAAGUUCACAUCUCCAACAACUCUGCCGCUGAUCAACUUCAUGCAGCGCUCCCUGGUGGAAGUUUUCCUGCUCGACUCUGUCCUCGCCUACCAGUACGCCUUCAUCUACAUUCGUCAGCUGGCCAUACACCUGCGUAACGCCAUCACCGUGAAGAAGAAGGAUACAUGCCAGGCGGUGUAUAACUGGCAGUUUGUCCACUGUGUGGAGCUGUGGGCGUGUCUACUCAGCGCCUCACAGUCUGACGAUGUCCUCCAGCCUCUCAUCUACCCUCUCACCCAGACCAUCAUUGGCACCAUCAAACUUCUUCCAUCACCGAGAUAUUUCCCACUGCGGUUCCACUGCGUGCGAUGUCUGAACACGUUGAGUAAAUCUACCAGAACUUUCAUCCCAGUCUUACCGUUCCUGUUGGAGGUGUUUGAGCUCACUGACUUCAACAAGAAGCACAAGUCUGUCAGUUUUAAACCCUUCAACUUUGCCUGCAUCCUCAAGUUCUCCAAGAAACAGCAGGAAGAGAAGGUCUUCAAGGAUGGGCUUGUGGAUCAGCUGUACGAGCUUCUACUGGAACACUUCAACAUCCACGCCGCCUCCAUCGGCUUCCCAGAACUUGUGCUACCUGCUAUGUUGCAGCUUAAGGAGUUUUUAAAGAAAUGUAAGAUCGCCAACUACUGCAAGCAGAUUCGCCAGAUUGUGGACAAAGUGGAAGAAAACGUCAAGUUCAUCACUCAACGUAGGAAAGCUGUAACAUUUGCUAUCAGCGAUACAAAGUCUGUGGAUGCCUGGCAGAGACAGUGUUCUGCAGCAGGUGCCCCUCUGACCAAGUUCUACACUGGAUGGAGGAAGCUCCGUGACAGGGAGUUGCAGCAUGAGAUUGCUGGGAAAGACAGGAUAAGCUUAGACGACAACAUCCCAACUAUUGAGAGGCCUAAGGUCCUUCCCAAAGCCACAGCAGAAGAUCGGAAGAAAUUCUCCGAGCUGUUUGAUUCUGACAGCGAUGAUUCCAACGAUGAUGAGACACGGUUUCUGCCCCGUAAAGAGCGCCCUGCCAAGAAACAGAAGACGGCCCCAGGAGACUCGGAGGACAGUCAAGAUUACAGUGAUUUCGACAGUGAUGAUUUGGAACAGUUAGCUCAGUCAGCCAGCGAAAACGACGAAGACGAUAGCGAAGAUGAUGACGAAGAUGAUGAUGAGGAACCUCAACCAACCCGAGGCAAGCAGAAGAAGUUUGCAAACAAACAGCAGAAGCAGACAUCAAAGCCCAAGCAAAUGGAUGAUGACAGUGACCUUGACCUUGAUGAUGUUGUAGAAGAUUUUGAAAUGUCUGAUUCAGAUUGAUAUGACAAGUUCUAAAUGUGGGAUAGAUGACGACUUUGUUGAUCCCUGUGUCGUCACUGUAUCGGUGAAGACGUAAUUACUUUUAUUUUAUUUAGAACUUUAUCAGUCUUUUGUUUCUUAAUCUGGAAAAGUUUUAGUUUGGGCUCUUUUGUGGAAAACUUGAUUUGUAAGCUUUUAUUCUGGUUUUUGUUGUUAUUUUUUAGUAGAGUCAUUAAAAUUAAGUAACAAUCACUUCAUUUAGUCUGUACAAUAUUUUAAUUAUCAUUGCAAUAUGUCAAGUAUUAUUAUCAAGCAAAUGUUAAUAAUUAUGGAUAUAAUUUUGUUCCAUUAUGUAUGAAAUAGUGAGCUUGUAUGAUGAAACCACAAAGAUUUUGAAGUACUUAUGUCUAUAAUGAAAUAAAGGUCAUGACGAUGAA